CUAUGGCACAUCAUUGAUCGUACAACAGAUCGUGCCGGGAGCGAACUGUUUAGGGUCUCGGCUGGCUAACAGCGUAUUCCUAUUUGCAUGAUCGCUGUUCUGCUCUCUCCUCCUCUUCGUGUGAAUAUCAGCCGUAGUCUUCGUAUCACACGAGUCUUCUCCGGACUCUUCUUCCAGGUACGUCCCCUGCCUCAACGUGUCGGCCUGCGCCGAGGGCGGGCCCGCGAACGGCAGGUACGCACUGGUGCUGUCGCAGUGGCUGCCGCUCGAGGGCAUGGGGCACCUGAAGAACCUGGAGGCCAUGCGGGCCCAGGCUCGCGCGCACGGCCUGGACAUCGUGAUGCUCAUGCUCGGGUCCCACGCGGCCGAGACGGGCGAGGAGGUGCGGCGCGAGCUGGCCGCGAAGGGCGUGCGCAUCGUGGCGGUGGACUGGGACCUCCCGCCGGGGUCGUGGCUGCCGGUCAUGAAGGACGGGCAGAUCUGGCGGCGGGGGAGGGAGGGCUGGUGCGGCCCCAUGGACCUCAUGCGCAUGCACAUCUUCGGGCUGGAGGGCUACGACGCCGUGGCGUACUUCGACACCGACAUGGAGCUCCAGGGGGACGUGCUGCCAGCCCUGCGGUGCGCGGCCACCGGGGUGCUGCUCACCACCAGCGGCCCCCUGGCGCCCGUGAGCGUCGCGAUCAUCGUCGUGCGGCCAGACCCGCGCAUCCUGCGCGCCUCGGUCGCGUUCGCCCAGAAGGCCGCUUUCAGCAGGGUGGACGGGUGGGCGGGGGGCGGCUACCUCCCGACGGCAAACAAGUACAUCGGGGCCGAGUGCGGCCAGGGCCUGUUCCACACGCUCUUCUACAUGCAGAACAUCAACAGGCUGGCGAGGUGGGCGCUCGCCUCGUCGGGCAUCUCGGAGCUCCGGGUGGGCCAGCUCGACAGGUGCGAGUGGAACUACCAGGGCGGCGAGGGCUGCGGGAAGGCCGGGGAGGGCUUCGACUGCGGCCGCGUCCGCGUGCACCACAAGCCGAAGGCGCCGACCCCCGGCUGCUGCACGAAGCUCCGCGAGCGCGCCGCCGCCUGAGCCCCCCGCCGCCGCCUGGCCGCCUCCCGCGGCCCGCCUCUCGCAGUGCGUCUACUCUCGGAGCGGCUCGCCGACGAGGCCCCCGCGCGGCCGCGGAGCGCCCGCCACGCGGCCGGCGCUACGCGGCCCGCCGC